AUGGGCUCGUUUAAAAAAGCGCAAGUUUUCGUGGACGCGGUGCCGGCGGACGGCGGGGGCCAACGGUCCGUUGCCAAGCGAGCGAGUAACGGCGACGGGAGUAACCGCUUCUUGAUUACCCGCAAGUUUUGCGACGCGUUCAUGCUGCACUUCCCCACCACCCCCACCACCCUUAAUCGACGAGUUUCUUGGCCGGGAAACAGCGCAGCUCUGGGCUUCUGCCCCGGACGGAGUAAAAUGAAGCCGGCGUGCGUCCAGAAGCACGUCUCAUCCAGCUCGCAAGAAAAAGUUGCACAUACUGUUGACAAGUCGACCUCACGUGCUUCCUGUCAUACACAAGUCAAACCUUUGACCGGGAAAGUGUUUUACCUCGACCUGCCAUCAAAUGGAAAAGCGGCAGCUCUGGAGAACGACAUUAAACAACUGGGAGGGACUGUUGAGAAGUUCUUCAGUAAAGAGAUAAGAUACCUGGUGUCUAACAAGAGGGAGGCUCGGUAUGUGGAGAGACUUAGGCACGAUUCACCAGUCCCCAGCCCCGACUCUGAGCAGAGCUCCCCUCAUCCUCGCCUCCACCCACACCAACCUGGGAGCCAAAGGGACAGCCUGAAAGGCAGCUCUCAGGGCCACACAGAUUCUGCAAUCGCAAGUCGAGGGAAGUCUUUGGUGGAGAAAGUGGUGAAAGAGCAGGGGAGGAUACAGAUGCACAAGAUUCUGUCAAAUGCUCUGGAGUGGGGUGUGAAAAUCCUUUAUAUUGAUGAUGUAGUGGCGUACGUUGAAAAGAAGAAAAAGAAUUGCAUUCAGCAGUUCUCUGUUCCUUCUGCUCCUGUCAAAAAAAGUGCCAAAGUUGAAUCCACAGGAAGGCAGUCCGUUCACAAACGUAUACAGAUUGGGAAACCCUUUGUAAAAGUUGAGGACUCAAGCAGACACUACCGGCCAGUGUACCGUGCUAUGAUGACCAUGCCUGAAUUUAACCUGAAGCUGGGUCUUCCUCGUAGUCCAUUUUAUGUAGAGGACAAGGAGCAUCCUGGCGAAAAAAAGGAAAUACACAGAGGGAUGAAGGCCUCGGCCAAUGAGGAGCGAGGACACGGCAAAGCCAGAAAGAAUAAAGAAAAACGAGGAGGGGGAUACUGCGAGUGCUGCAUGCUCCACUACAGCAGCCUUACAAAGCAUCUCCAAAGUGAGUGCCACAAAGACUUCUCUAGGAGUGAUGAGUACCUGGUAGUGGACAAUGUGGUCUCAACACUGCACUGCACCUUCCUCUCUACCAAAACUAAAAGGCGAAAGUACAGUAUACCCUCCAUUUUGGUUGCUCCUGGACUAUGCAGAGAAACCAAGCAAAGGCACAAGGAGAGGGACGGUGAUGCUUCGGAGACAAAAGGACAGUGCAGUAGAGUUUUGGCCACCUCCGGGUGUGGGGAAGCAUCUGAAGGACCGUCUUCAAAAUAUAACCCUACCCACGGCACUGCUCUUGUUACCCACGGUGAGUGGGGCAGGGAGAUCGGCGGCGACAAUAAAGGGAAACCUCAGCCCAAGCACUUGUCUGUCUCACGCAAACGGCCCUGCUGGCAUGACCCCUGCAGUGCUUGCUCUUGUAAAGCUGAGCCCAUCCAGAUUCAUAGACCUGAGGCAGAGAUGGCUCCCUCUAGGGGCGACUCUUUUAUCCCCGACCCAACACUUGACCAGGAGGGUCACAGAACUUGUGUAGAUGGGAAUGGCUCAGGUUUGCACAAUAACAAAGAGGAUUUGUGGAAUGAAUUUCCUUCCAACAGCCUUGUUGUUAACUCAAAGCGGCAUGAGGUGUCAGCAGAGUCCCGGGACUCUUUGUCGAUUGACUGUGUUUGUGAUGGACUGCCAGGGAAAGUGACAUGUGUCUCACAAAACCAGGAAGCUGACUCUCCACAGAGCCCGUCUCCAGUUAGGACAUUUACGAGGAAAGUCAGAGUUUACAAACAGAAAAGGCUGAGAAUGGAGACGCAGCCGACUGGUCAGGAACCUGCGAAGCUCGCGGACAUUCCAGGGAACGCCAUGCUGAACCUUUGGCAGCUUUUUCAGUCGAGCGACGACAUGGAUUUGGAGUUCCGUGGUUUUGAGGACUAGAAGUUGACUAGAUAUUUCUCAUGGAAAUUAAAUGCAGGUCUGACAAACUGUCACAUCACAGGAGCAAAAAAAAAAAAACACACAAACACACACAUGAGGCGUAGUGAUGUAUUUGCUCAGAAUGCAAGGUUUAAAACUUGAAUGUGGUUGAAUUAAUUUUUUUAUGAAAGAGUAUCAAAUAUAAUCUUUGUGACUGCAUGUCAAUGAAAUGUAUUUAAUGUGAAUACCAAAUGUCCUUCGUUUUACGGGAAGAGA